CUUCAGUGCAUCAAGCACUAGGGAAAUUACGUCAAGACACUGCCGCUAUCUUCAUUUGCCUUGAACGAUGUUAUCAAUCAAUUCUGCCGCCUGCGAGUCGACUUGAUCCAGUCACUCCCUUCGGUCAUUUCGUAGCACAGAUGCGACAACCAUACUGAUCCAUCUACUUCGUGGUCUAACGCGCUCCUUUGCGGUGCCAGCACUCCGAACACGCACGCACGCACCCCGCGAUCACGCGCCCGAGACACUCAGAAUGGACCAUGAAGAUGCGUUCGCGGAGGAGGCUCAAGAGGAGGCGUUGUUGUCCGAGGCCAGCACCACUGAUUUGGGCAUUGAAACACAAUACUCAAUGAGAGAGGAUGAUGAGGAUGAGGACGAAAGCAGCCCCUUGGUGAGUCCUCGACGUCGCCGGCCACAAAAGACACCAUAUAGCCGAGCCAGCGCGAGUUAUCAAAGGGCUAUCGAUGAGCCUUGGAGCGGAGCUCAUGGUUCACAUGACUUGCCAUGGUAUAAGAAGCCUUCGAUCUUCUGGCUCCUUCCUGCAUUCUUCCCAUUCUGUAUAGCAUUCGGGGGGAUCAUUGUCCCAAAGACAUACCUCAUCCUCGACCUCAUCUGUCAAGACUACCUGUCAGAUCGUGCUGCAAAGGAUCCUACCUUCACGUUCACACCGGUACUUCUGGGAUCCGAAAAUCCACAGUGCAGGGACCCCAAUGUUCAGGCACGAGUAGCGACAUUCAACUUGGAAGCGAAUCUGUUAUCCGGGAUCUUCUCAGCCAUUAUAUCUCCUCACCUUGGUUCUCUCUCUGACCGCAUUGGACGGAAGAAGAUUAUCGUUUGCGCAUCGUUUGGAGCUCUAGGUGCCGAGAUUAUCACGAUCAUUGUGGGCAAGAAUGAAGGCAGGGUCUCCGUGUACUGGAUAUUGCUGGGUGCCCUUUUCGACGGCCUCUGUGGCUCUUUCACUACAGCCAUGGCAUUGGCUUUCGCUUACGCUGCCGAUUGUUCUCCGCCUGAACGCAGAAAUGUUGCCUUUGGCUAUUUUCAUGGCACGCUUUUUGCGGGUAUUGCGCUUGGGCCGAUUCUGGCUGGCUAUCUGAUCAAGCUCUCUGGCACCGUGUUGAUUGUAUUCUACGUCGCUCUCGGCUGUCACCUCUUCUACAUCCUAUUCAUAUCGCUUGUGGUGCCGGAAUCACUGUCCAAAGAGAGACAAAUGAUCGCAAAGGAGAAACGACGUCUCGCCAAAGCUGAGUCGCCUCCGAAGCAUUGGUUCACCGAACUGAGGAACUACAACCUUUUCAAACCUCUGUGGGUGCUUCGACCUACAGGCCCAGGUACUAGUUCAAAGCUGAGACAGAAUCUUUUUGUCCUGGCUGCCAUCGACACCAUGAUGUUUGGUGUGGCUAUGGGCACUAUGCAGAUCAUCAUCAUCUUUGCGGAGUUUCGAUUUGGGUGGACGGCUGUGGACUCGAGCAUGUUCCUAUCAGCUGUCAACGUGUGUCGAGUUACGGGAUUGCUCCUCUUGCUUCCCAUUUUGACGCGGAUUUUCCGUGGACCCACGCAAGCACAAUCACAAUCGUCGGGACACAAAGGUGCAGAUAUGCUCGACAUUAACAUUAUCCGUGGCUCCAUCGUCUUCGAUCUUCUGGGGUAUAUUGGUUACGCUCUGACACCGUCUGGUGCGAUCAUGGUCAUCUCUGGUAUGGUUGCAUCCUUGGGAGGAAUUGGGUCUCCGACUUUGCAGUCUGCUCUCACGAAGCACAUCCCAGCAGACCGUACCGGGCAGGUCCUUGGUGCGUCAGGGUUGUUACACGCGCUAGCACGUGUUGUGGCUCCAACCAUUUUCAAUCUCAUCUACAGGCAAACUGUUGGUGUUUAUGCAGGUACUGUAUUCAUAUGUCUCGCAUCGGUUUUCGUUGUUGUUUUCGCUUUCAGCUGGUUCUUGAGACCAAAUGUCUACCUCCACGAAGGAUCAAACGUCGACUCUGAUGAGAACGAAGUUGAUGAACAGCACCCAUAAAGCAAGCGGGAUGUAAUUUAUAUAUUGAGUUUUAGCGAUUGUGGUUUCUUGCACUAGAUCAUGGUUUUCACGCGAGAUGGAUAUACAGUGGAGCGAAUGUCACGCCAAUGUGUGUGUGAUGUGUGUUGAGCAGGGACUAUACGUCUGUGGUGCAGAGGCCAGUGUUCAGGCCGAUGCAUGGAGUGACGACGUUGGGCUGUUGACAUGCUGAUAUACUGUACUAUGGGGCUCCUUCACUUCAUCGUCGGCUGUUCAUUGCAGUCCAGUGUGCUGGAACGGAUAUACAUGGAUAAGUACCAUUAGCAUUGUAGCCUUCGUAGGUCCAGCUAUUGUAUGUAUGAUGCCUGCUCAGUUAAGGCUGAGGUGGAUUCGCAAG